AUGGCAGCCCUUACAAGAAUAGAUCUGCCAUCCCUCACCAAAAUCGCCUCUGGAAAAGUUCGCGAUCUAUUCACCCUCCCAGAACCCAAUACCCUCCUUUUCGUGGCUUCAGACCGUCUUUCAGCCUUUGACGUCGUCAUGACCAAUGGCAUCCCCAACAAGGGUGCUAUCCUCACUCUCAUCUCGGCGCACUGGUUUCGCCUUCUUUCAGAGCGCAUACCCAACCUUCGCACACACUUCAUCAGCCUAGGGGCUCCCAAUGGCAAUGUUCUUACGCCCGCUGAGGAAACCUACGUCAAGAACCGCAGCAUGCAGGUCCGCAAGCUGGAGGUUCUUAAAAUCGAAGCCAUUGUACGGGGUUAUAUCACGGGCAGCGCAUGGAAAGAGUACCAAGCCCAGGGGACGGUUCACGGGCUCGCCAUGCCCAAGGGUAUGCAGCUCAGCCAAAAAUUUCCUCACGCCAUCUACACGCCCUCCACCAAGGCUGAUGCUGGUGCCCACGAUGAGAACAUUCAUCCUGAUGAUGCAUGGAAGGAGAUUGGUGAUAAGGAGACGGCUGACAAGGUGCAAGAAUUGGCACUUACCAUUUACAAUACUGCAGCUGCCUAUGCGGAGGAGAGGGGUAUUAUCAUUGCUGAUACCAAGUUUGAGUUUGCGAGGGAUCAGGAGGGAAACAUUUACUUGGUGGAUGAGGUGUUGACACCGGAUUCGUCGAGAUUUUGGCCAAAAGACGGGUACGAGCUCGGAAAGGAGCAGGAUAGCUUUGAUAAGCAGUAUGUGCGCAACUGGCUCAUCAAGGAAGGGUUGAAGGCUAAAGAAGGAGUGGCCAUUCCGGAGGAUAUUGUCAAGGCCACCGAAGAGAAGUACCGGGAUGCGUUUUACAAGCUGACGGGAGAGAAAUUUGAAGACGCGGCUGCUAAGCAGUAA